CUCUCUGCUUCACAUUUCGUAUGGCCAAUAUGCAAAGUCAUUUGCUCUUUACAGAAACGAGAAGCGAGCAAAACACGCCUCGUUUGUGGGUAGAGCAGCACGAUUAAGCAGAAUCUUGACGUUAAUUCAUGGUGGCGACUGCUUCCACGACCCUUCAGUCAAUCAAUUUCACGCAUUAUCACCGGAACCCACUCUCGUCCCGCCGGCGUUGCGCUUUCUUAGCCGUCCGAUGCGGGAUCGCCGAGCCCAGCGGAGAACCAGCUCCGUUGGGGCAGAAGACAAAGUACGAUGAUGGGUUCUUCGAGAAGGCUUUCAUGACUCUGUUCGGUCGUAAGAUGGAGAGGUUUGCUUCGGUCGAUGACGAUAAGAUGAAGAAUCAGAAUAAGAAGAAGAAGGGCUUAUUUGAGCACGAUUAUGACAGUUUUGUGGAUGUCUCGAGGAGAGUGAUGAAGGGUCGAUCGAGGUUGCAGCAGCAACAAGUUGUGAGGGAGGUUCUUCUAUCUAUGCUUCCUCCCGGUGCCCCUGAGCAGUUCAGAAAAUUGUUCCCACCGACAAAAUGGGCUGCAGAGUUCAAUGCUGCACUCACGGUGCCUUUCUUUCACUGGCUGGUUGGUCCAUCAGAGGUUGUAGAAGUGGAGGUGAAUGGAGUGAAGCAAAGAAGUGGAGUUCACAUAAAGAAAUGCCGGUACUUGGAGAACAGUGGGUGUGUAGGAAUGUGCGUGAACAUGUGCAAGAUUCCAACCCAAGAUUUCUUCACCAAUGAGUUUGGCCUUCCGCUCACCAUGAACCCCAAUUUUGAAGAUAUGAGCUGCGAGAUGAUUUAUGGCCAAGCUCCUCCGGCAUUUGAAGAUGAUCCUGUCUCAAGACAACCUUGCCUGAAAGACAUUUGUUCUGUGGCCAACCCGAGCUCCCCCAUUUGCCCGAAACUACAGGCAUGAUCACAGGCUCUGGGGGGUGUGGCUGAUGUGAGUGAAGAAGAAGUAUACCGUCUUUAUACAAACAAUGUACGUACAUCUGAGUUGAGAAUGUUUCUGUUCAACGUCUUGGUACAUGUGAAUCUUUGAUCUCGGGAUUGGAACAAAGAAUUCUCGAGGUAUAUGAA